AUGUUUGACAUGUUUACAAAACAUAACGAUACGAUAUAAUCGCUACGACGUGACUUGUUUCUUUUUUUAUUAUUUUCCUUCAUUUAAAUAUACUCCGAAUAAGAGAAAAAACAGUAUUAAAGAAAACGAUUCAUAUAUCUAAUAUGUUUAAAUAUGGAUGCCAUGUUUGAUAUUUGUUACCUGACACCCGACGGCAAUAACGUUGAACCCGAUGAUAUUCCUAAGACAAAGGAAAAUGUGUGGAUAUUAGGGAAAAAAUAUAGUGCUGUACAAGACUUGGAUCGAAUACGGCGAGAUAUAACAUCGAUUUUAUGGUUUACUUAUAGAAAGGGAUUUAUUCCUAUUGGUGAUGAAGGUCUUACGUCUGAUAAGGGCUGGGGAUGUAUGCUACGUUGUGGGCAGAUGGUCCUUGGAGUAUCCUUGAUCAGAAUACAUUUAGCUUCAGACUGGGUGUGGACUCCUGAAACUAGAGAUCCAACCUAUUUAAAGAUAAUUCAAAGAUUUGAGGAAAGGAAACAGGCACCAUAUUCAAUACAUCAAGUAGCUUUGAUGGGUGCUAGUGAAGGCAAAGAGGUUGGUCAGUGGUUUGGACCAAACACAGUGGCGCAAGUACUGAAAAAAUUAGUAGUUUAUGACAAAUGGAGCUCUCUUGUUAUACAUGUUGCUUUAGACAAUACAGUGGUGAAGGAAGACAUUUUACAGCAGUGUAUAGUAAGAAAUGAUAAUGGUGACACGCAAGAUAAUGUAAAUAUAAGUGAUUGGAUGCCACUGCUGCUUAUAGUGCCGCUCAGACUUGGCCUUAGUGAGAUCAACCCUGUAUAUGUUGAUGGAUUAAAGAUAUGCUUCCAGUCUCCCCAAUCGAUAGGUGUAAUUGGCGGUAAACCUAAUCAAGCGCUUUAUCUAAUCGGCUGUGUUAGUGACGAAGUUAUAUAUUUAGACCCCCACACCACUCAAAGAUCUGGUCCCGUCGAGAACAAGCAAACAGAUGAGCAAAAAGAAAUGGAUUGCUCGUAUCAUUGUAAAUAUGCUUCUCGUAUACCGAUACUUGCCAUGGAUCCCUCCGUAGCCGUGUGUUUUCUUUGUCGAACAAGAGCUGAUUUUGAUGAGCUGUGCAAAACAAUUGAAGAAAAUCUAAUGAAAGAGUCUCAACCGUUAUUCGAAAUUUGCGAGAAGAGACCCUCGCAUUGGGGUCCAAAUACUAAUGAUAUAGACUUACAAAACACCACUCUCUUUACAGAAUUUGAAGAUGUGGAUAGACAAUUUGAUGAUUCCGAUGACGAAUUCGAAAUUCUUUGAGGUUUAACUAAGAUUUGUGUAUUCUUAUUUAAUUACAAAAUUAUAUAUUCAUGGUAUUGUGAGUGUUCGAGAAUUUCAUAGUGGUGGUUAAUCUCACAAUAUCCAAUAUAUUCAAAUGGUAAUCUGCAAAAUGUACAUGAUUAAUAUGCAAUGAUGUCAAGAUAUUUAAUUCAAUAUAAUCUACUGCAUGCCUUAAAUAGAAAUAAAAAUUAUACAAAUUUUCAUAGUUAAUAAAAUUUUAAUGAAUAAAUGCUUGUGGUCACAUAAUGAUCGAUGUUGGUUAGAUAAUCUUUUUGUAAAGAUCGUAUAUACAUCAAAUUGAUAGUUUAAGGUAACUACAUAAGCGCUCAAAUAUAUUUUUGUUACAUUGUACUUGUUAAUAAACAACUUGUCUUAAUUCUAUGCACGAUAAUGUCUUUUCAUAAAUGAUGUUUUUUUUAAUGAUUUGCUUAAUACUAAAAUUUAUUAGACAGGUAUAGAAUAAGUGAAUAUUAUUUGCAGUGCCUUUUAAAUGAAACAUGCAAUAAACAUCACACACCCCUCCAAA